AUGUUGGUUUCUCCCAUGGCUGAGCGGAACAAGGAAUCCAUCCUGGAAGUGUUGGCUGACUAUGUGGAUGAUACAUGCUCUACUUUUGGGCUGGAACUGGGAUCUGGGACAGGACAGCAUGUGGUGCACUUUGCCCAGGCUCUGCCGACUGUCACCUGGCAACCUUCGGAGAUCAAUCCAGCUUCCCAACAGAGCAUCUCUGCUUACAUCCGUGCCACCAAGGUGACCAACGUCCGAGAGCCCCUCUCCAUAGAUGUGUCCCAGCCGUGGGACCAGUGGGGCGGCCUGUGCCAAAGCUGUUGUGACUUCAUUGUCAUCAUCAAUUUGCUGCACAUGACUGACCAAAACCUAGAGGGGAUGUUUAAAGGCAUAGGACAACUGUUGAAGCCUGGGGGCAUUUGCUUGGCCUAUGGUCCCUUUGCCAUUAAUGGAAUCAUCAUCCCAGAGAGCAAUGUACAACUUGACAAAAUGCUCCAGACCAGGAAUCCCGAGUGGGGGCUAAAAGAUGUGGAGGAGCUUCGGCAACUGGCAAACGCUAAUGCUCUCCGGCUUGAACGCAUGGUAAGAAAGCAGCACAGGCCAACUGAUCAUAUUUCAGAGAACAAUGAAACAAAACAGCUGGAAACUCUACCACUCUCUUUUGCCCCAGCUCUGCUAUAUCUCUGGCUGCUUCUAUUUUGCUUAUGCCCACUUAACUCUGGGCCUCUUCUUCCUCUUCAGCUGGAGAUGCCUGAAUUCACCAAAUGCCUGAUCUUUCGGCGGAGGGAGAUGUGAUCUCUAACUACCAGAUAGCCAAAGCCAGGAUGGCAGUGGUUAGAGGAAAAUGUAACCAUUAAAUUCUGAUUAAAAUGGAUGUUUCUGCAAUUUCUUUUAGGCAUUUGGCUUGAGCCAUGGGUUUAGAAAAGCCUUCUCUGCACUCCAAAGCUACUGAGUGGCUCUUGCUUGAGCCAUGUUACGUCUAUGCUAGCAUAUCAGACCAAAAAAAAACAAAAAAGGAAAAAAAAAUAUAAAGACAAAAA